CCCCAAUGGCGUUCCCUCUGUGCUUCUCGUUUCCUCCUAAUCAUCAUCAUCAUCAUCCAAGGAAAUCACUCAAGGCUGCCGCCGUUGCAGCAACUCGAGUAGUAAUGAACAUCGCCCAAGUUACUGGAAACGGCAGAGGCGAUGGGUGGAGCAGUAGUUUCUUGGGCGGUUCAAAGGUGGCCACUACUUGUCAACCAAACCCGAUCUGCCUUCAUCACAACACCUCGUCCAGCAGACUACUCUACGCUUCAUCAUUUUCAGCGAGCGCCAGCACUGUGUUCAGCGUGGGAACAACAGCUGUGCUCCCAUUUUACGUGCUCAUGCUUCUGGCUCCAAAGUCACAACUCACAAGGAAGUGCAUGGGAAGUAUGAUACCAGACACGGCGCUGGGGCUUUUGUAUGGAUAUCUAGUCUACUUGUCCUGGACGCCUGAUACUUUGCACCUUAUGUUUGGAGCCAAAUACAUGGUGCCCGAGCUGGGUGGCAUAACAAAGAUGUUUUCCAGCGAGAUGAGACUAACUUCGGCGUGGAUUCAUCUUGUGGCCGUCGACCUCUUCGCUGCCAGAAAAGUGUACAGCGACGGGCUGGAGAACGGGGUGGAGACGCGACACUCGGUUGCGCUGUGCCUGCUUGCCUGUCCCAUCGGAAUUCUCACUCACCUCGUCACCAAGGCACUAAUUGCCGCCAUGGCCAGAGCCAAAACCACAGAGAAAUUACCACCGAACUAAUAACAAAAAUACUAACGUACCCAUUUCGUCUAGCUAUAUAUCUGUAGUUUGGUUAUUGAUUUCCUUUUCCGCGCGCAUAAGUAAUAAUGAGAGG